GGCGGCGGCAGGGAACUUCCUGUCCCAUUUUCUUGGGAGUCCUUCCCUAGGCUGGUGGAAACUUGGCUCUGGUCCUGGAACACUCAGAGAAUCCCAAACCAUCUCCGCCUUUGUAUUGGGGACCCGGAGUGCUCCACAGGUGUGGAAGGAGCCAAGGAGAGGAACCUGAGUGGGCCCAGCUGCAGGAGGAGUGCACUGCAGUGAAGGAUGCUGGCGGAGUCAGUGCCAGCUGCCCCGGAGCAAGAGCAGCUCGGAGCUGUCAAGCUGGAGGAGGAGGAGGCUACUGGCCUGGCAGGCAUCAGACGGCCAGAGGCCAGGCCUCGGCCGGAGGUGGCCCACCAGCUGUUCAGAUGCUUCCAGUAUAAAGAGGACAUGGGGCCACGGGCAUCCCUGAACCGGCUGCGGGAGCUCUGUGGCCACUGGCUGCAGCCAGCUCUGCACACCAAGGAGCAGAUCCUGGAGCUGCUGGUGCUGGAGCAGUUUCUGAGUGUGUUGCCCCAGCACCUGCUGGGCCGGCUGCAGGGGCAACAGCUCCGGGAUGGAGAGGAGGUGGUGCUACUGCUGGAGGGUGUGCCCCGGGACACCGGCCACGUGGGGCCACUGGAUUUUAGUUCCAGUGCCGGCAAGAAUUGUCCCCGUACAGACAUCAUCUUGGAGGAACAGGGGGGCCCUUCCCAGAUCUCCAGUUACAGCCCCAAAAAGGAAGUACCCUCCGAAGAGCCCACAUCCCCGCCGCUGUUGAAGGAAGUGCCCCCAGCCCAGCCAUGGCCUGUCAGACCUGCUGAACCCACAGAAUGGACACCUACCCCCAGUUCCCGGCAGCUACUGAGCCCAGGACCCCAAGGGACACUCCAGGCCCUGCCAGAAAGCACUCUCCAGGGCCCGUCACUGUGGCCUGAGGAGUAUUCCCGUGAUCAGGAGCUGGCUGCUGUGCUGGAAAGCCUGACUUUUGAGGACGUCCCAGCUAAGAAGAACUGGCCUAUGCACCCUCAAGGAUUUGAAAGCAGAAUUCCAGACAAGGAGGAAUUUAAACUGGAAGAGCCCAAAGAGGCUGCCUGGCCGACUGUCAUCUCAGCAGAGUCCCAGGCAGACAUCCCUGAGGUGGCAGGAGAGCCCCUUGCUCAGACAGCCGGGCACGGAGCGAACAGCACCAGUGGAGGAGGGACCCCUCUUGGCAGCAGUGACAUUUUGGAAGUCACAGUGGUAGAGGGCACCUCCGAGUCAGAGGCCAAAAUGCAGGUCAUCUGCACGGAGUGCGGGGCAAACUUCCCGCAGCUCUCCCGCCUGAAGAAGCACCAGCUACACUCGCACCCGGGCUCACGCUCCUUCCUGUGCCUGUGCUGCGGGAAGAGCUUCGGCCGCAGCUCCAUCCUCAAGCUGCACAUGCGCACGCACACAGACGAGCGCCCCCACGCCUGCCACCUGUGCAGCCACCGCUUCCGCCAGAGCUCGCACCUGGCCAAGCACCUGCUCACGCACUCCUCGGAGCCCGCCUUCCUGUGCCGCCACCUGGUCACGCAUGCAGGGCGGGCGCAGGAGGUCGAGGCCCCCCAGGAGUGUCACGAGUGCGGCAAGACCUUUAGCCGCAGCUGCAACCUGCUCCGCCACCUCCUAGUGCACACGGGGGCCAGGCCCUACUCCUGUGCGCAGUGUGGCCGAGGGUUCAGCCGCAACUCGCACCUGCUGCGCCACCUGAGGACCCACGCACGGGAGACACUGUACUAACAGUGGCCGCCGCCUGGCACCCCGGCCCCACGUGUCACUUCCAAGGUGUCCCUUCUAAGAUGUCCCCAUCACACCUGCCUCCCUCUGUCCCCCAUCCAAAGCCUUUUCCCCUCAGGAAUGCAUUUCAUAUGCAAAGUAAAUCGGCCUUCUCGAAAGUGGUUUCUGGUUUCUGCGUGGUGGCACAUGCCUGUGAUCAUAGCACUCAGAAGGCUGAGGCAGGAAGAU